AUGUCGUUUCAAUGCUACGCACACGCGGAUAACACCCGCGAAUACAUCAUGACCUCGGACGCACAACGGAUCAACUCCUAUGACUUUCUCCUCGUUGCCUUCUCCCUUUGUCUCGUCUACAUCCUCGGAACGACGUACACAGCAUACGCGGUGAUCGCACUGUUUCUCCUGCUCCGGAUAGUCUUCAAGUCCUUCAUGGUCAUGGAAGAGACGAUUUUGGUGAUCAGGGAUGUGGGGGUACAGGUCAAGACGGUGUAUCUAGGAGGCAGGAGCGUGUCGCGGUUCAUUGACAGAUCCAAGAUUGCAGACAUUAUCAUCAACGAGGCGAUUACGAUGUUCCAUAUACGUGUCUACAUGGCCAUCAUUGUCGAGGGAGAAGACAAAAUGGUGGUUGUCUUCCAGGACAAAGGCAGAGUGCCCCAUAAGGCUACAAAUCAGCCACCGAAAUUUCUCAGUGUCUCCUGUCUGAAGUACGGAAACGAGUUCCUGUGUAAGACGCGGUACAGGAACACCCUUCCCCUCCCACCAUUCGCUCCAAAACUCCUUCUCCUCCCCUCAUCCUCAGAACGCUACAUCAAAUACCAAGAGACAGGCCUCAAUGAGGCCACCGCCCACGAAAUGAUUCUCGACAACCAGUACGCAAUGCCAAUCGAUCUCAUCGAGAUGCGGGAAAACUUUUUCGGAGAAGGACGACCAGCUCACCAUGGAGACAACUCGAACACGAUCUUGAAUCCGACUGAUGAAUUGCUGUUGACGGUUCCUGUCAGGACGAACGUUGGUGGGCCAGCGGCGUUGAACGCGUUGAAUAAUGGCGCUAUUGCGGCUGAGGUCCAUCGUAUGCCUGUUCCCAAGACCAAGUUGCCUAAUGUCUCUUGGUUGCGCAGGACAGAGUAUAUCUCUUCCGAGACCCCCACCGGUGCAGGAAAGGGCGCCUAUAAGGACACGUCGAGCAGAAAGGACACGAUGGUGGUGGACAACUCGAGAGAGGGACAGAUCACGGCUAUUGAAAAGACAUUCCAGCGGUUCAUGAAGAAGGCAGACAGGAUCUCACCCGCCCGCUCAAUGACAGAGGACGAAUUCUUGGCCAGCUUGAAGCACCCUACAAAGCCUGGUGUCACUGCUGUCGAAUCCUUGCCAAUUUUCCCCGAUUUCAAUAUCUGGGGCAACAGUUACACUCUCGUCACCUUUGAUGUCGAUCCCGAGAUCAACAACGAGCGCUCCGUCCAAUCCCAGGCCAACGACCAAGGCACGUCAAAGGCGCAGACGGCACAGAGGUCGUCGAAUGCGUUGAUUAAGCCAAUGUCGGAUGCCAAUGAUCCAGAGACAUGGUUGGCGUACUACUUGCCGGACAUAGAGGACGCAAAGGAGAUUAACCGCCGCAAGAGGAAGCGCGCUCAGUUGAUUGCUCAGGGAAUGAUGGUCACCGCGGAUGAGGAGGAUCAUGAUAAGGUGAUCCCAUACACCCUGCAGCGUGACUACACCUACUCGACCAACCCCUGCCCUGCAUUAUCACAACUUGUGUUUACGUUCAGGGAUGAUGCCGAUAACACUCGGCAAAAGUCUGCCUUUUACAACACCACACAGUCCAAACUUAUGCUCCGCAAGAAGCGCGUCAAGCGUUACGAGGAUGAUGACCCACCCAUCACUCAUAUCGACGCCAAGUCUCGUACGAUGACUUCGGAUGAGAUGGCCGAGAAGAAUGAGGCAUUGAAGGCUAUCAGUUCGUAA